GUCGAGUCCAGGGCUAACAUGAGAGCCUCACGUCGGUGCCGAAUCAUCACUCCAACCCAGCAGGCCUGCCCCUUCCAAACCCUCGUCAAGCUUCCCUCGCCAAGCUACAGAGGCUUGAGGGUGGCCUGUCACCUCUGUGCUCCACUGCAAUUCACCAGCCACCAUGUAGCUGUCUUCAUUCAUAAUCACCCUGACCUCGAGACCACCUCUCCCCCGGCCGCUUCUGUGGAAUGCGAGAGCACGGCAAUGCCAUGUCCGUCCAGCCAUCUCAAAAGCAUGCUUGUUGCUGAUCCAGCGCAAGAAAGAGUAGUCUUCGUGUUGCGCAGCAAACGGUGCUGCGAACUACCAUCGUAUCACCUUGCACGAGAUCGUGAUUGCAGGCCCGUCGAUGGCAUGUUGGCGCAAAUUCACUGCCGGGGCGUCGGAUGCCGGAAGGCCGUCGGAACAUAUCACCUUCUGGAAUAGUCAUGGUGUCACAUCACGCCUGAAUGGUGUGGGUCGUAAGCCUCUACGGUUGGGAUGCCUAUUUGCCACGGCAGUAGACUUGCGCUAGGAUCGUCCAGCGUCACGUACUGGGGCGUCGCUGGCUUGCGGGGACCACAAGAGGCGGCAGGCUUUGCUUGCACCAAAUCGUGCGUGGAGGGCAGCUUGGAACAAGGCACAUGCUAUGAGAGUUAUGCCCAGGUACCAAUUUCUUCUGCAUGGUCCCGUCAUCGCGGGAGCCAGUGAAGCGUCGUAAGG